AUGGAGGGUGGAAACAGACCUGAAGCUGAGCGAUGGCUUUACACAGCCAACAAGCUUCUUAGUGCACGUGAUCUGCACGGUGCACGUUCCUUUGCGAUCCGUGCCCGAGAGUCCGACCCGACUUUCGAUGCCUCCGAGCUUCUCCUAGCUGUGAUCGAUACUUUGCUUGCCGGAGAAUCGCGGAUCAACGACCACCACCGUGAUUGGUAUGGGAUCUUACAAAUCCUCCGCUACACCACCAAUAUCGACCACAUCGCUAACCAGUAUCGCCGCCUCGCUCUCCUCCUUGACCCCAACCGGAACCCGUUCGCUUUCUCUGGUCAUGCUUUCUCUCUCGUUCAUGAUGCUUGGUCUGUUCUAUCCAAUCCUGCUAAGAAGGCUAUGUACGAUAGCGAACUGCGGUUGCUCACUACACCACCUGUUCCGCCGCAGCCGCAGCAGCAGCAGCCUCAACCUCCUCCGCAACCGGUGCCGCAGUAUCAACAGCCUCCAACUCAUAACGCUUCCCCGAAGAAAAAUCCUAUAUCCAGAGACGGUGCGGGUGCGACUGCGACUGCGACUGAGCCUAUUCGACAAACUCCAAACCGGAACCCUAGCGAGCCAGCUGAGUCGACUCGGCAGACGCGGACGGCAAGUGCUGCUGAAACUGAAGGUAACAUUAGCUUCUGGACUCUGUGUCCUUACUGUUACGUUUAUUAUGAGUAUCCGAAGGGGUAUGAAGAGUGUACCCUGCGGUGCCAGAGUUGUAAGAGAGGGUUUCAUGCGGUGGUGAUACGUUCGCCGCCGUUGAACGAGGUAGAUGCUUCGUUUUGCACUUGGGGAUUUUUUCCGUUAGGGUUUUCUGGUGAUUCUAAGGAUGUGAGUGGGACUUCUUCCAAUUGGAACCCGGUUUGUCCUCUGUUUCCUUGCUCCUUGAAAGGAGGAUCGACGAAUAGGAAAAAAAAUUGGGUUUACUAUGAUGAAGCGGCAACUGCGGCCUUCAUCGAUAUUUCUGAUCCGAGUGACAAUGAUUCUGAUGAUGGGGAUUGGAGGGGUGGUGCUGGUAAGAAAAAAGGGUUGAAGAGUUCGAAUGCUACCAGGAAAAAGAUUAGGAAAGAUUCUGGUAAUGCUAGUGGGAGGCAAACUGUGGAGAGACCUAGGAGGAGUGCCACUGGUGCUGCAGCAGGGAAUGUGAGUGAGAAGAAUGUUGGUGCUGUUGAUGCUUCUGGUGUAAAGGCGGAAGCUAGUAAGAAAGCUGUGCCAAGUAGUUCCAAGAAGGGUGCUGUAAACAUGGGGAAGUUGGAUUUGAAUGUGGAGUGCAGUAAUGAGGCAGAGGAGCCUUCCCGCGGAGUCCGUGACCGUGAAGGGAAUGCAACUGGCAAUGCUGAGGAUAAUAUUGAAGGGAUUGGUUUUUUUGAGGGUCUUGACGAGUUCCUCAGUAGCUUACCCAUUCUUAAUGUGGUGACAGAUGAUAAGGUUAAGGGUCAUUAG